ACAAAACCAACGUGCACUUCUUUUCGAUUCCCCUUUCUCACAUUCCAAAUUUUCCUCCCCCAAGAAAAAAAACAACACACAAGAUUUUCCUCUCAAUUUCUCCUUUUCAAUUUAUCUAUGAUACUCAAAUCACACAUUCUAUUUUGUUUGAAUUCUUGCGUGCAAAACUCAUUCACAAAUGUUGAAUGCACAAUAUUCCCUUGGUAAUAACAAUAAGACAUUAAUGCAUAUAUGAAUCAUGAACACAAAAAAGCAUCUAAUCCUAUACAUUGCGAUUAGAUAUAAGAGAAAGUAAAAGUGGUGACAAUAUAUAGCUAUAGCGAGAUCUACACAUAUAUAUUAUUAUAAGAGUUGGUGAUUGGAUUAAGGAAAAAAGAAAGAAAAAAAAUGGCAGACCCAACAAACACAACGGUAGCUGCAAUGGUAUGUUAUUCACCAAAUAUGAUAACAACAAAUGGAAUAUUUCAAGGAGAUAAUCCUUUGGACUAUGCACUUCCUGUUUUUAUAUUACAAGUUAUUUUAGUUGUUAUUGCCACACGUUUGUUUGUCUUCAUUCUCAAGCCCAUUCGCCAGCCACGAGUUAUAGCUGAAAUCUUGGGAGGGAUAGUAUUGGGUCCAUCAGUGCUUGGAAGAAACAAAACAUUUGCUGAUGCAGUUUUUCCUCUUAGAAGUGUGAUGAUAAUUGAAACAAUGGCAAAUGUCGGUCUUUUAUAUUUUCUAUUCUUGGUAGGAGUAGGUAUGGAUGCAUCUGCAUUGAGGCGCACCGGUCGAAAAUCAGUGGCCAUAGCAGUUGCUGGUAUGAUCUUACCAUUCGGAACAGGAGCACUUUGUUCAAUCUGGUUGGUAAAAAACAGUGAGAAAGAAACAAAUGGAGGUUCGUUUGUUUUACUGCUUGGUGUUGUUCUUUCUGUCACUGCAUUUCCUGUUCUUGCUAGGAUCUUAGCAGAGUUGAAACUAGUAAACACAGAAAUGGGAAGAGUUGCACUUUCAGCAGCACUUAUUAAUGAUGCUAUGUCAUGGAUACUGUUGGCUCUAGCAAUUGCUUUAGCUGAAAAUGAUAAAAUUUCUCUGGCUUCAUUUAUGGUUGUGUUAUCAAGUGCAGCAUAUGUUGCUUUUAAUGCUUUUGUUGUUAAACCAGUGAUCAUGUGGAUAAUAAGGAAAACACCCGAAGGCGAAUCGUUUAGUGAUUUCUAUAUAUGUUUGAUACUAGCUGGUGUGAUGAUAUCAGGUUUCAUAACAGAUGCUAUUGGAACUCAUUCUGUUUUUGGAGCUUUUCUGUUUGGUUUGAUUAUUCCACCUGGACCACUUGGUUGUGCUCUUAUUGAAAAGCUUGAGGAUUUUGUUUCUGGACUUUUGUUACCUCUUUUUUUUGCUACAAGUGGUUUGAAGACUAAUUUGUGUCUCAUCAAUAAUUUUGCCACAUGGGCUCUUUUGAUCGUUCUUGUUAUUUUGGCUUGUAUUGGAAAAGUGAUUGGAACUUUAAUAGUUGCUCUUAGUUAUCAAAUGUCAUUUUCUGAAGGUGCUGCACUUGGCAUGCUCAUGAACACAAAAGGACUUGUUGAAAUUCUUGUUCUUAAUAUUGGUAGGGAUCAAAAGGUUUUGGAUGAAGGAGCAUUUGCAACAAUGGUGAUUAUAACUAUACUAAUGACUGGAAUGAUUGUACCUGGAAUAUCAAUUAUAUAUAGACCAUCAAGAGGAAUGAUAUCUUACAAAAGAAGAACACUUCAAAUGUCAAAAAAAGAUGCAGAGUUUAGAGUACUUGUGUGCAUCCAUACUCCUAGAAAUGUUCCAACAAUGAUCAACCUCCUUGAAGCCUCUAAUCCAACAAAAAAGUCACCAAUAUGCAUCUAUGUGCUUCAUAUGGUGGAACUUACCGGUCGUACAUCAGCAUUGCUCAUUGUUCAUACUUCUCGAAAAUCAAAUAACCCUGCAGUUAACAGAACUGAGGCACAGUCUGAUCACAUAAUCAAUGCUUUUGAAAACUUUGAACAACAUGCCAAUCAUGUAUCGGUCCAACCCUUAACUGCAAUUUCGCCUUACUCAACAAUGCAUGAAGAUAUAUGCAGUUUAGCUGAGGAAAAGCGUGUCGCAUUCAUUAUUCUUCCCUUUCAUAAACAGCAAACAGUUGAUGGUGGUAUGGAAGCAACAAACAUCGCGUUUCGCACGGUCAACCAGAAUGUACUAGCAAAUUCGCCUUGUUCGGUUGGAAUUCUAGUAGAUAGAGGCUUAAAUAGUUCGAAUCGUUUAAUUGCCGAUCAAAUGUCUCAUAACGUUGCGGUAUUGUUUUUCGGCGGGCCAGAUGAUAGAGAAGCAUUAAGUUAUGGAUGGAGAAUGUCAGAUCAUCCAGGAAUAACCCUAACCGUAAUGCGGUUUGUUCCUGGGGAAGAAGUGUUGAUGAAUGAUAACAAUCACAAUGCUGAUAAACAAAGAGUAUUAACAGUUGAAACAGAAGAAGAUAAUGAUAAACAACUAGAUGAAAAGUUUCUACAUUGGUUUAUGAUAAGUCAUGUGAACGAUGAUUCAAUUGCUUACAUUGAGAAAGUGGUUAGCAAUGGAGAAGAAACAGUUGCAGCAAUAAGGUCAAUGGGUGAUGUUUUUGGUCUUUUUAUUGUUGGAAGAGGUCAAGGAGUGAUAUCACCAUUGACAGCAGGACUCACUGACUGGAGUGAGUGUCCUGAGUUAGGAGCCAUUGGUGAUUUGAUGGCAUCGUCUGAUUUUGCAACAACUGCUUCAGUGUUGGUAGUGCAACAAUAUGUUGAUGUUAAUUCUGAAGAUGGGUUGGGAACACCAGUGCUAACAAAUGAAGAUUAUGUUAGUCAUCAUUCAACUGUUACACCACCAAGGGGGAGUCAAUCUGUUUUUCAUACAGAACAGUUGUGAUAAUGAAAUAGCUUUAACUAACCUCGCUUCUUUUUGUCAUUUUUGAAUUAGGUAUUCAUGCCUAAUGAUUAUUUAAUUCCACAACACUUGUACAAAAUGUACAUACAAAUAUACGUUUUCAUUAAUUAAUAGAAAUAUAUAAUUCCACAACACUUGCACAACUUCAUUUUCUUUUUUGGCAUGAAUAAGAAAUAUAUACUUACACCAUCCAACGUCAACGAAAGGCCAAUGAAAUGGAUGCAUAAAAAGAGAUACAUAUAUGGCUGGCUAUCAACCAAUUUCAAGUUAUCGUACAUACUUAUUCUCAAAGGACAAAACAUGCUGCCAGCCAUUUUUUUGGCGUUGAACCUGUCUUAGGUUUGGCCUGUGUUCUUCCAUUUAGGCUUAACGAAUAGGGCAUCUAAACAAGUGAUGAAUGUUAUAGAGAUUCAAGAAUGGAAGGAUUAUCCAACGAAGCAGAAAGUUGUUAGAAAUUAAAAUUUAGAUUUGCAAUGGAGUGGAACCUCAAAAAUGAAAAGCAAAGAACAAGACAUGGGUUUUAAGAAAGCCUAGUCUCACCACAGCAUCUCUUUCUUAGAGUUGUUUGAAGUUCGAAUUAUAUUGUUAAAGAAUGAAGUAAUUUACACGCUUUUAGUGCAAGUGUACAGCCAGCAAACAUAAUAUAAUAUUGUUUAUGGAAGCCUCGUUUCAAGAAUCUACUAUAGUCAAUUUUCCUUUUUAUAACUUUUCUAAACUUUACUGCACAG